GCUAGCUGCCGCCGCUCGCCAGGCCGCCCGGCUGCUUCAUUGUCACAGGGCCUCAGAGUCAGCGCCGGGGCAGGGGGCUCGAGGUCGCCCCGCGCACCCCUCGCCAUUCGGUCCCGCAGGCCCGACCCGCGCAGGGCCUGCUUUCCACCAUGAAAGGCUCCAGGGCCCUCAGGGGUCCCUCCGGCCCCCCAGACGGCAGCCCAGAAGGCGUGGACCUGAGUCUGACAGGCCUCCCACCACCCAUGUCCCGUCGCCCCAACAGUGCCUCUGCCACCAAGCCCAUCGCCCGCUCCAUCUCCGUGGUCACUGGCAGUGAGCCUAGGAGGAAGACGCUGGAGGCCUCAGGGCCUGGGGGCUCCCGGGCCAUCAACAACCUUCGCAGAUCUAACAGUGCCACGCAGGUCAACCAGCCACAAGCCAACCAGGCGUGGCCUGGCUCCCUCAGGCCGGCAGAGCCCCCGGACUUCCUGACGCUCUUUGAGGGCAGCCCCAGUGGGAGAAAGAGGCCGGCCAGUCUGAGUAAAGCGUCCAGUGAGAAGGGAGCCACGUGGAAUGUCCUGGACGACCAGCCCAGGGCCUUCACCUCACCGCCCGAUGCCCAGAGUCCUGGGACCCUCGACGUGCCAGUGGGCCUGCGGAGGAGAGAGUGCACGGUGCCCCUGGCCCCCAACUUCACCGCCAACAACAGGAGCAACAAGGGUGCGGUGGGCAACUGCGUCACCACCAUGGUGCACAACCACUACACCCCCUCCGAGAGGGCACCGCCCCCCAAGAGCUCCAACCACAUGGCUCCCUCCCUCAACAACAUCAUCAAGGCGGCCACGGACGAGGGUGAGGGCAGCAGCCUUGGGAAGACUCAGAAGAACGUGGCCCGCAGCAACCACGCGGUCCAGAACAACUCAGGGGGCGCCGCUGACCUGUUCAGACGGAAGGAGGUGACCGAGGAGGAGGCUGAGAGGUUUAUCCACCAGGUGAACCAGGCCGCUGUCACCAUCCAGCGCUGGUACCGACACCAGGUGCAGCAGCGCCAAGCCAGAGCCGCCCGCUUGGAGCACCUGCUGGCAUCCAAGCGAGAGGUAGAGUGGGGGCAGCGGCAGCGGCUGGGCGAGGGGACCCUCCUGGACCAGCACCAACAGAGGGAGGCGGCCAGGAGGAAGGCCCGGGAGGAGAAGGCGCGCCAGGCCCGGAGGGCAGCCAUCCAGGAGCUGCAGCAGAAGCGAGCCCAGAAGUCAGGCAACACUGACCUUGGGCUGCUGAAGGGGACAGGGCAGACAGGGAAGCCCCAGCCCACCCAGGAGCCGGCCCCGAGGCCAGGGAGUGCCGCCCAGCAGACCUGCAAGGCCAACAACACUGGGACUGGCUUCCGCACCGCAGGCCCGGAAGACCCCUGUCAGCCUGCCCCCGACGUGUCCCCAGAGCCCUGGCAGCUUCUAGAGGCCAAGCCUCAGGUCUCGGCACAGCCCUUCCUGCCCUCCCUGCCCAGCUUCGGCUCUAGGGCCCAUCUGCUGCAGGAUGCCAGCUCCCAGGACGUGGCUGGUGAGGGCCUGGAGGCCGUGGGCCCUGCUGGGAACAGUGCCAAGUCCAGGGCGACCCUGGACGAGCUGAUGGACACACUGAAGCUGCUGGAGCAAGAGCCCGAGCCGCUGCCUCGCCCCCGGGCCUACCACAAGGACAAAUACGCUUGGACCGACGAGGGGGACGAUGCCAGCUCCCUGACAGCUGACAACCUGGAGAAACUUGGGAAGCUGAGUGCGGCCACCGGCCCCACCGAGGACGGAACCCUUCUUUCGGAGGCCAAGCUACAGAGUAUCAUGAGCUUUCUAGACGAGAUGGAGAAGUCCGGGCAAAGCCAGCUGGCCUCAGCCCCCCAGGUAUGGAGGGGUCUCCAGGGAGGGACGGCAGGUCAUCCCCAGGUGACCAGGGCCUGCCUGACACAGCCGUGUCCCCAGGGGCCCAUGCCGGAGGAGGGGCUGGGGCGCCUGGAGCCUGCGUCUGAGGUCCACACGUCGGUGAUGCGGCUGCAGCUGGAGGUAGAGGAGAAGAAACAGGCGAUGGUGCUGCUGCAGAGGGCGCUGGCGCAGCAGCGCGACCUCACCAUCCGGCGGGUCAAGGAGACAGAGAAGGAGCUGGGCCGGCAGUUGCGGCAGCAGAAAGAACACUACGAGGCCACCAUACAGCGGCACCUGUCCUUCAUCGACCAGCUGAUCGAAGACAAAAAGGCUCUGGGUGAGAAGUGUGAGGUCUUGGUGGCUGAGCUAAAGCAGGGGGACCAGAGGCGCAAGGACAGGGAGGCUGAGAUGCAGGAGCAGCACCAGCUGGAGAUUAAGAAACUCAAAGAACUCAUGAGCGCCACUGAAAAAGUCCGCAGGGAGAAGUGGAUCAAUGAGAAAACGCGGAAGAUCAAGGAGAUCACGGUCAAAGGCCUGGAGCCUGAGAUCCAGAAGCUGAUCGCCAGGCACAAGCAGGAGGUGAAGAAGCUCAAGAGCCUGCACGCGGCGGAGCUGCUGCAGGCGGACGAGCGGGCGGCCCAGCGCUACGGGCGCCAAGCGGAGGAGCUCCGGGAGCAUCUGGAGCGGGAGAAGGAGGCGCUGGGCCGGCAGGAGUGGGAGCGCGCCCAGCAGCGCGGGUCCUGUGUCUGCAGCUUCGAGCAGCACCUGGAGCAGGAGCAGCGGGCCCUGCAGCAGCAGCGGCGGCGGCUCUACAAUGAAGUGGCCGAGGAGAAGGAGAGGCUGGGCCAGCAGGCCGCCAGACAGCGGGCGGAGCUGGAUGAGCUGAGGCAGCAGCUGGAGGAGAGCAGCUCGGCGGGGGGCCGGGCCCUGAGGGCUGAGUUUGAGAAGGGGAGAGAGGAACAGGAACGCAGGCACCAGAUGGAACUGAAGGCCCUGAAGGACCAGCUGGAGGUGGAGAGACAGAUGUGGGAGGCCAACUCUGCCAAGAAGGAGGUUGCCUUCCAAGAGGCUGCCCCAUUGCCGCUCCCCCCAUGUGGAGGCGCCCAGCCCUGCCCUCGGCAACCAGAUGAGGUCCCUUCCUUUACCAGGGAAGCGUGGCUGCUGAACCGGGAACGGGAGUUGAAGGAAGAGAUCCGGAGGGGCCGGGACAAGGAGAUCGAGCUGGUCAUCCACCGGCUGGAGGCCGACAUGACGCUGGCCAGGGAGGAGAGCGAGCGGGCCGUCGAGAGCCGGGUCAAGCGCCUCCGGGAUAAGUACGAGGCGGAGCUCUCCGAGCUGGAACAGUCGGAGCGGAAGCUCCAGGAACGGUGUGCAGAGCUGAAGGGGCGCCUUGGAGAGGCCGAGGGGGAGAACGUGCAUCUGCAGGGCCUGGUGCGGCAGAAGGAGAAGGAGCUGGUGGACGUGAAGGCGGUAAACGAGCAGCUGGCUGGCGAGCGCAGCAGCCUGGCCCAGGUCCUUCGCCAGGAGUUUGCUGAGCAGCUGGCGGCGUCUGAGGAGGAGAACCGGCAGGUCAGGGCCGAGCUGGCCGAGCUGCGGGCCCGCCAGCGCCUGGAGCUGGAGCAGCUCACGCGGGAGAAGCAGGCGGAGCUGGAGGAGGUUCACGGGAGGGUGAAGAUGGCCCUGGCAAAGAAGGAAGAGGCCGUGAGCAGCCUCCGGAAGCAGCACGAGGUGGGUCCCCGCGGCCAGCCUGCCUUGGUGGGGUGGGGGUGGCUUGGGCCUGACCAGGAUGGACGGCCUGUUGCAGGCCGCGAUGAAGCGGGCCGACCACCUGGAGGAGCUGCUGGAGCAGCGCGGGCGGCCGUUCCCGAGUGCCAAGUGACCGCGACGGCAGCAGGCUAAGGGCACCUGGUGGGAGGUGCUCUGGCCGCCCCUCGGGUGGAGCCCCGAGGCUGCAUCGUAACAGUAAAGAGGCGUC